AGGCCGGAAGGAGGCGAGCGCUUCCGCCUCAGGUUCCGGUUUGUGGCUGCUCUUCAGCGGCCGCGGGGAUUUCGGCGCCUUCGCCCGCCAUGAGUCUCCUGACGCGGAUCCCGCCGCCCGGCGAGGGGGUCCGGCUGCGGCAAGGCGACACCGAGGCCGUGCUGGGAGGGAAGAGCCUGGGCACAGGCAGCCUCUACGUCGCCGAGAGCCGUCUGUCAUGGAUAGAGAAUUCUGGCCUCGGCUUCUCGCUGGAGUACCCUAUUAUAAGCUUGCACGCCAUCUCCAGGGACCUGAGCACCUAUCCGUGGGAACAUUUGUACGUCAUGGUGAAUGCAAAAUUUGAAGCAGACGACUCGGAAGAGGCUGCCAUGGGUAACGGGAACCAGGUGGAGGAGGAGGAGGAGGAGGACAGCGAUGACGAGUUGGAGCCGAUUUCGGAGUUCAGAUUCAUCCCCAGCGACAAAUCAGCCUUGGAUGCCAUGUUCUCCGCCAUGUGCGAAUGCCAAGCCCUGCACCCGGAUCCUGAAGACGAAGACUCGGACAACAAUUACGACGGCGACGAGUACGAUGUGGAGGCCCACGAGAGGGGUCAGGGCGACGUUUCGUCAUUCUAUACGUACGAAGAAGGCCUCUCUCAUUUAACUGCUGAGGGCCAGGCUACCCUGCAGAGACUGGAAGGCAUGCUGGCCCAGUCGAUAAGCUCUCAAUACCACAUGGCUGGCGUCCGGACAGAAGAUUCCGUCAGAGAUUUUGAAGAUGGCAUGGAGGUGGAUGCGUCAUCGCCAACCGUCGCCGGGCAGUUUGAAGACGCGGAUGUCGAUCACUGAGGAGGAUGGCGGGCAGCUGCUCAGAUUCCUUCUCGCUGCUUUCCCGAAUGGGGUCUACAAGCCUGAAGACCUUUCCACCGGACUUGUCCUUUUUUCUAUUUUAAUGGCCUAAAUGCAGAGGUUCAGGCCCGUCCGUGCUUUUUAGAGAUGCGCUUAUAAAAAUGCAUUUCACAUUGUGGGGUUGCUUCCUUUUCUUUUUUCUUAAAAAUUCGAGGUGGCCGUGGAGACCCAAUGUAGAUCAGUCAUGGCCCGUUAGCGUUGCAGCCUUUUGAUGAGAGUGCUGGAGAUCGAGGAACAGAAUUGUACUUUAGAACAGAAUUCUAGAUUCUUCUAGAAUUCCCCCUUCCCCCUAUAUUUCUUUGUGCCUGCUUUUCUACAGCCACAGAAACACUGUAGUGGCUUAGCUAGAAACACGCAGCAUUGCGGAGCUGCAGAUCCAGAUGAAUUGUGACCUCCCCUCCUUCCCACGGAAUUAGCGUGUGUGUCCCCCGCCCCUUCCCCGGGAUGCUCUGGUCCGUCAUGGCUUUAGCAGUCCAUUUGACUUAGAUGCACCACCCGUAUUGUCUCAAGGGUGAUGACCUUCUCGUGUCUUUGUUACAAACAGAUAAAAAUGGUUCAAUAAAUAUAAUUUUGUAAAAUCGUAA